AUGCGGAAAAUCUACCCGCAAUCAUGUCGUGCAUUUCUCUUGCUCAUUUUGUGCUUCGACAUCGCUUCGGCUGCAAAGAAGGGAAGUUAUGGCGUCCCUCUUCGGCGAACGAAAAGGGACCUGCGAGAUAGCCGCGGAAAUCCUACUGAAAACUUAAAAGGUCGUCCUGGGCAAGGUUAUUUCAUCGCAACCGAUCUAGGUACUCCCGCUCAGCGAGUAAGUACAGGCACACUUAAUAUUUACGCGUGAUGAAUGUAUGAUCUUCCUCUGUAAUUUAACACCUCUCUGCUUGGGCUUAAAAAAUAACUUUUCUUUGCCCAGUUGUCCUUUUCAAGUUUUCCUAUCAAUCAUAUUUAGUUCGUAGUGGUUUCUGUGUAAUGCUAUUAAAAGUUUAGCUUAUGUCUAGGUAUAGCUUCACUUCAAGAAGUUUAUUAGUUUGUUGAAAUAGAUAUCCUUGAUGUGGGUUUCUUUUCACAGUCGACGGACAGAUGUAUGAUGUUUUGUUGCUUAAACGCACUUAUCUUCCAAACCUUCGGCUUCACUUAUGCUUAUACACAUUUUAUUUCGAUACUGAAGGAGUAUUUUACGCACCGUUAUUGCUGAUAAUUUAGUUGUUGGGUAUGAAAUUAUGUUGAGCGCUUCGAUCGAGGCAUGUUUUUUAAUCAGUCUUGAAUAUUGUAAAACGUUUUAAGAGAGGACGCACAAUAUGAAUGACGUUCGAUGUUUGCAAAGCUCUAUACAUGCUGUUUGGUGAAACAUAUUUUUCAGUACAUUUAUAUCCUUUCAGACUAAACGAGCAGCUUGAAGGAUAAAUAAAUUAUGUGAAGUGCAUAUAUAGUCUAGUUUUCCCUUCUCAAAAGGUUGAAGGAUUAAAAAAAUUGCUGUUUGUAAUUGAUAGAUAUAAGAUUUGAAAUCAACAUCAUUAUUCUGUAAGUUUAUUUUCUUGUAUUUUCAAAACUUUCAUAAAGAAGGACAUGUUGGCUCUGAUAAAAAUUGUAUUUAUUUUAUAUUAUUUUCCUGUGAUCAUUAUUUCUUUAAACUUCUUAUCUUUAUGCCUAAAUUUCACUUUAGACAUAAUAGUGAUAAUAAAUUCCAGAUAAUUAAACAAUAAUUUUCUAUUUCUAUCCUGGCGUAGUCAAUCGAAUGUUCAGUAUUCAAACCCAAUCGAACUCCAAUCGUUCGAUUGGGUCCAGUAAUCGAACAUACAUAUAGUCAAACUCACCCAAAACUUUCGCCAAUCAAACACAAUUGAACACUUUAGCAAUCGAACAUAAUAAAAAGUUUGGAAGUGGAAGCUUCAGCGAUUGUACACAGAACAAGUUUCAUCUCGUUACAAACAACUUCAAGAGAAAGGUGAUUAAAAAAGGGAAUCACUUCAAAUUCACUCUAGCCUGCCGCCAUAUUUUUUAAUCAUGCAGGGCUCGAAAUUAUCGCCUGCAAACUCACGAAGAGCGAGUGAUUUUGAUAACCUGCGAGUUAGAAUCAUUGAUGUCUCCCAAACAAAGGGAAAGAAUUUGCUAGUGGUCUCACAAGUUUGCUAAUGGAAAAAAAUCUUACCAGCAAAACUUUGCAAGUGCAAUAAAAGUUAACCUUGAGCCCUGGUUGUUCUUAUCACAGUUUUUUGUCAUAUUCUUUUUACAGAUUAAUGUCCUCGUUGAUACAGGAAGUAGCAACUUUGCAGUUGCAGCCUCACCACACCCAUACCUACCCUUUUACUUCCACGCAGACAAGUAAGUCAGAAAAGUUGUGAAAUUCAAGUAACUUUACAUUGUAUAAUUGACAAUAAUUGAAUUAUAUAAUUGAACAAUAAUUGAAUUAUAUAAUUGAACAAUUAUUGUUCCACGAGUCGAGUGCAUGUUGGAUAUCAGUUGGCUAUGAUCAUCUCAUAUCCUGUGAGCGCGAGUGGAAUAAUCAUAUUGUUUUAUUAAAAACGCACACAAGAUAUUGAGAAUUCUUCCCAACGUUAUUUGUAAGAACCGGAUAUUCAGCUUGUUUUUAAUUUUGAGCUGGAUGUGUACAGUUAUCAUAUUUGGAAAACAUGGUAUAAUGGCUCACAUACCAUAAUGGCUAAGCCGAUCAGAGCUCUAAAAUUGCAUCAUCCAACGAUUCAGUUUUUAAUAAUAUUUUUAUUGUUGUCAACUACUUUUAAGCACUGGCUCAGUUCUAACUUGACCAAGCCUCAAAGAGCUCAUAGAUAUACAUGUAUGGACAUCUGUAUAUUAUGGGGACAUUUCAGACAAUGAGCUUUGUUGUUUGAAUGUACAUGUUGCAGUUAAUUUUUGUUUUUCCUUUGUUUAAAAUUCGUUAGUGUACAUUACCAUACCCAAAAAAAGUGGAAAAAUAAAAAUUAACUGAAAUAAAAAAUUAGUAAGUGUAAUCAAAUGGUGACGAGUGAAAUUAGGGAAUAAUUUCACGCACGUUUUGUCCACAUUCUUAUAAUUUUCCGAGCCUUUAGGCGAGGGAAAUUAUUAGGAUUGGACAAAUCGCAAGUGAAAUUAUUCCCUAAUUUCAUAAGUAUACCAUUUGAUAACCUGUUAAUAUCAUGGGUGACGAAUAAUUACGUUAGCAAUCUUGGAUUUUUGACAUGUUUAUCCUGGAUCAUAUCGAUCAAGAACUCCACUCUCUCAAAUGUUUAGACCUUAAAUUUGGCUUGUAAAGUUCAGAAUUUUUCAGACUUUUUCGGCAAAAUACCUGUUAGAGUCCUUCUUGAUGUUCUCUUGUGUGUUCAGGUUUUCUAAAGUGUCAUUUUGUGCCCUGACAUCUUCAUUCACCAUCGCCAUUCACCAUCUUGACACUGAGACGUACAGAAGGUUGCCAUGGCAAUUUUGUAAUUUCACAUGUGAAAUUACAAAUUAUCGCUGAAAUUUUGCGCCAAAAUUAAGGAGUAAUUCGUCACCUAUGAUAUUAGUAUAGGUAAUAGCAUGAUUAGUAGUGAUAUUUGGCAUAAAUACCACGAGUGAUAUUUCAAAAUUGUUAUACGUAAUUUCACGAGCCGUUAGGCGAGUGAAAUUUGAGACAAUUUUGAAAUAUCACGAGUGGUAUUUAUGCCAAAUAUCAAGUACAAAUCAUGCUAUUAUUUGUUUAUACUACUACCCGGAAAAGGUUUGUAAUUUUCACAUGUAAGUAUUUCAAAUUAAGAUGAAAUACCACUGUUCUAAGCCAAUCAAAUUGCAGAAAUUUCUCAUGUAGUAGUAUAAACUACGAAAUACCUGUGUACUAUUUUUUACUUUUUUCAGUUAAAAAUUAUUUAAACAAAAGUUAAGAUCUUGAAAACUUUUUUGUCUGAACUUGUCCCAAAACAUAUUCAGUUUGCAUCUAUCAGUGCUUUGCUCUGGCUUCCCUGUACCGUGACUCUGACAUGGAUGUUGCACAACUUUGAAACAAACCUUAGUUUGACGGAAAUGCUUUGAAAAUUAUCUUUAGGUCCACCUCAUACACAGAUCUGGACAGGCCAGUGGCUGUGCCGUACACCCAAGGAAACUGGGAAGGAGAAUUAGGCUCUGAUUUACUGCGCUUUGUAGAGGGUCCAAAUGCAACUGUGCGGGUCAAUGUCGCAUCAAUUAUGUCUUCUGAGAAUUUCUACAUUAAUGGCUCAAUGUGGGAAGGAAUCCUUGGGCUGGGAUAUCCAAGGUUAUCUAAAGUAAGUCGUUUCUGGACAUCUAACAGUAUUGCUUUAGUUAUUUGCUUACCAACAGCAGCCGCUUAUAACCCCUCCCUUAUAAACCCUCCCAGUUAUAGGUCUAUCUUCCUGCAAACAAAAAAAUACAGCUGAUUAUAUCCGGUCCCUCCCUCAGAUAUAAGACCCCCUCAAACUUGGAUUUAAGUGAAUGUGAUUUAUUAUGACGUUUUAAAGUUUAAUAAAUUUACUACUAUGAUAUCAUUCUCCCUUUACAAAAAGAUCUGUUUAAAGGAAGGUGAAGUCUGGUGGAAAAAUUGUUCAAAUGCAAUUUUAUUAUUGUCACGUUUGUUACACACUGUUUGCCAUCCAGUUUCCUCUGCCAUCUCAUUGCAGAAGUUCACAGUUUUUAUUGAGAUGAAACCCCCUUACCCACCCACUCUUAUCACGUUGAAGAUUCCAGAGUUUAUUAACCCUUUAAGCCCCAAUAUCCACAUACAAAUUCUCCAAACUGAUCUCUAUACAUUUCCUUUAAGAAUUAGUUAAGAGAAUUUGAUAAAAGAUCAAAGUAUUUUCUCUUAGGUGAUCAUUUUAUUAAUUCUCAUAACCUCAUCUCAUGACAAUGUAUGGAUAUCGUUAGGAGAAAAUUGCUGUUAGUCACUAUUGGGACUGAAAGGGUUAACAAUACACUGUAUUUUCUGUCUGCCUAGCCUGAUUCAAGUGUGCUUCCUGUCUUUGAUCAAUUUGUCAAUGAUGGAGUUGUGAAGGACUCAUUUUCUAUGCAACUCUGCGGGAGUAGUGAAAUUGAAUUCUCCUCUGAACCAACCGUAGCAGGAACUAUGGUAAGAUUGCUAUUAAAAGGAUGGAGUGCUUUACUAAGAGCAUGUUCGGUUGACGGGAGUCUGGAAUAAGGAUAAAUUGAGUAAACUCUAGAAAUCAUGAUUUGGCAUUCAUUGCUUCGCAAUGUCUGUAAAUCUACUUGAAAUGAAUUAUUUAUUCCAGUGUAUGUAACAUUUAAGUGGUUGAAAAAUCACAAUACAAGAGAUUCAUGACAAACUUUUGCGUGUUUUUACUCUGGAAUACACUCAAUUGAAUGUGCCAUAAGACACAACUCAUGGAUAGCAUUCUAAACUCACGUUUUCAUAAAUCGUAUAGUAAUUUUAGUUAUUUUUGUUUACAACCUUUCAAAAUGAUUAUUGUUUUUAAUAAAGUGGUACAGUGUACAGGUAUGUAACAGCUAGAUUAUUGUUUACAUAAUUAUAUAGAAAGCAAGUAAAGGUUUUUCUCCAUGUAGAUCUUAUUAAAUUUGUGAGCUUUAUGACUUGCGUUACAUCCACAGGCAAACAAUAAUAUGUACAAGUCUUUUCAUGAACUGUCUGCAGACUGGAUAAGUUCGUUAAGAUGGAUCUUCUGUUGUCUGAUGAUGAAGCCUUCUAUUCUCCAACCCAACAGGUUUUUGGUGAAGUGGAUGAAGAGUUGUAUGAAGGUGAUCUUCUUUACACUCCAGUAGUUAAGAAAUGGUAUUAUGAAGUUGUGAUCACAGACAUCGCAGUGGGUGGAGAAAGUCUUAACUUGGAUUGUAAAAAGGUAAAGAUUAUUUACCCUUUAAAUGCUAGAGAUGCUCCUCUCAGAGGUUUGUUUCGAUAAGAUUUCUAAUGUAUUUAAUUAGUAGAUGGCAAAUUGAACAGGUACAUGUAAAAAAGUUCUUAUGGUUUUAUUUCCCUUUUGACUCCUGUUAAAGUAGCUAGGAGUCAUGCUCAUGGCAGCUAGGGGAAAUCCCCUGCUCCCAGCCCUCAGUGACAGCCCUAUCCUUCUUCUUUUUCCUCUUCUUCAACCACGAAACCCCACCUCCUUCAAAAAUGAAGAUUCUUGUGAAGGGUCUUUAAAAGUAAAUAAAUAAAUAAAUAAAUAAAUCUGUAAACAAAAAUAAACACACAAAAGGAUACAGUCAUAGAAAUACUGCUUUUUUUAAAAGAGUCCAAAUUCUGCAGGGUGGCAAUAUCUUCGGGUAAUGAGUUCCAUUCCCUUAUCGUGCAUGAAAAAAACAAGUACUUGUGAUAGUUAGUUCUUGAAUAUUGUAUUUUGUAUGCAUUUGAAAAUUUGAGAUGACUGCUAGCCCACGGCAUUGGGAUUAGCUGUGGCAUUCUAUCUGCUGCCAAGUUGCCAUAGUGUAGCUUGUACAAUAUGCAGAGUCUCCUUGCUUUCCUUCUGCCUUGGAGAGAUUUCCAUCCCAGCUCAUCAAGUAUUGCUCCUACACUAGCCGUACUUUCGUAAUUCCUGACUACAAAGCAGCCAGCUCGCUCUGUACCAUUUCAAUUUUCCUGAUGUUUACAACUAUUUCUAGGAAGGUUGUCAGAUAAAGGGCAUGCAACAAUUCCAAAUGGUAUUGUGGCUGGUUUUGAGUUCAUUGUUUUUCAACUAAAUUUGAACAAAUGUCAUGGGAGGCCAUGGACAUAUGUCUGUGAGUGCUAAAGGAAAGCAACAAAAGUAGGCUCAACAGCUUUACAGUGUCAGGAACAGUGUAUUAAGCAUAUCCCAUAUUACCUUUCGGGAUUGUCGCGAGCACAUUUUUUCUGACAACCUUUCUCAAAAUAGCUGUAUCUCCAUGUAAGGAUCCCAGACCAUAGCUGUAUGUUCCAAUGGUGGUCGAACUAGGCUAAAUCAAGCUAAGGUCUUGAUCAUAGCAGAAUUCACCUGUAGAUGUUGUCUAAGGAAAGCAAGAGACUUUCCAUACAUGGGAGUUCACCCUUGGAUUACCUUUACCACUAUUUUCUAGGUUGUAGUUGUAUUGAUUUUGUUUCCCAAAAAUGUAUCUCCACAGUACAAUUAUGAUAAAACAAUAGUUGACAGUGGUACUACAAACCUCAGAGUGUCAGAGGAAGUGUUUGAAGGAAUUCUUGAUCGACUCAAGAAAUUUGAUAAGGUAAAGAUUCUAAAAGGGGUAAUGUGACUGUUUCUUGUGUAAUUGCUCUCAUUCUAAGAUAUUAUCAAUAGAGCAGUAUACAUUUAUGUCACUUGUGACAUCACUUAUAGAGACAUUAAAAGUCACCAGACUUUUUGCUAAUUAAAAUAUUUGUUACCUGUUGGGUGUCCUGAGAAUACUGAGGAUAAAAGUUGAGAAUGGCAGCCAUUUUGAGUCUCUAUCACACAAAUUUACCUCAUUUCCUUUCAAGCUAAUUGCUGUAUUGCCAUGCCAAAACAGUUUGACACAUCACACACUUUCUCCGUAGUGCUCAGACUCAUGUGAAAACACCCAUGAAAAUUAUUGGUAUCUAGGCUACCCGUUUUGGUCCACUUUGUAAUCAAGGUGGAUUUGUAUUAUUUUUCUCAAUAACUGAAGCGAGUAAAAGGUAAUUCCAUCAAGGUUAGGAGGAGCCACAAAAGUGAAAAUUAAAAACUUGUUUUUUCUUUUAUUCCGUUGGGCCCUGUGUAUACCUAGCAAGACACAUUCUGUACAAUUCACUUGUCCCUAAAUACAAGUACAAAUUAUGUGGUGGAAGCAAGCAAUGUUCCAAUUAUCAUCCAAAAAUAUGAACAUCCUUUUUAAUUUUAUUCUGUCAUGUUUUUAGUUGGGUGUGCCAGAAGAGUUCUGGAUAGGUCGACAAAUGAUGUGUUGGAAUUAUGACAAGACGCCAUGGGAGGAAUUUCCAGAUAUGUCCAUAUCUCUACUCUCAUCUAUUAGCAAUUCAAAGGAGUUUAGGCUGAAAAUUCCUCCACAGGUAAUAUUUGCAAAUUAAAAACAAAUUGAUUCACCAUAUGCCUGUUGGUGCUAGCCGAAAAGGUGACUAAGGCCCUGUUUAGAUGGAGAGUAGUUGUCGUGGGUAGAUGAGUCACCCGCCUACCGGAGCUACCUUGGGCAAGCUAUCUUUUCAUAUGUUUCUUUACAAAACAUGUCAAACUGUUUACAUUUAUCUGUAUUUAUUCAGAUAAGUGCCCAGCCUCGAAUUAGCGCCCACUAACACACCACCCCCUCCCCCUUCCACUCAACUCAAAUAAGCACCCACCCUCACCCCUCCCCUUCCCCCUCCCACCCAAAGAAAAAAUUGAAUAAGUAAUAGUACUAAGACGCAGUUAUUUUACAGAAACCUUGCAUUGUUACAUCUUUGUGUUUUGAUUUUACCAUUUAUUGUUUUGUUGCAAAAUAUACAUACUACACUUGCUGAAAAUGGUUAAAAUUUAACAAGCACCCAGCUUCAAAUGAGCACUUACCUUGAGUAAGCUCUAACUCUCAGGGUCGAUUAAUCAAAUAAAUACGGUAAACACAAUUGGUUAGCUCAGCCGGGCCAUCUCGGUCAAGGUGAGACAAUCACAGUAGGACAAGCUUUGUUGUAGACAAUCAGAGCGUGUGUGAACGCUGUUGGCUCGGACUCUCUUCUUAUGUAAAGGCUCACUAAAUUCUAUUUUGUUUUUUGGCAGCUUUACUUAAGAGAAACUAUAGAACGUGGUCCUCUUCCUGGUCAGCACUGUUACAAGUUUGCUAUAACUAAAGCUGAUAAAGGUAUGAUCUGAAGAAGGAUUUCUUUAUUACACAGAACUAGAUGAGAGUAAUAAUUAUUACUAAGGUAACUAAAUGGUAUGGUUUUCAAGUAGUUUAAUUUGGGAUAGGCAGGGCUAAAAAACACUUGAAUUAUUCUAGCUUGUCCUUUGGGCAAGCAGCUCUUACAUUGUGCUUGCCCACAGUCACUUCUUGCUCAUCUUGAGGUGAUGUUACACGAGACGAUUCGCAAUGAUGAUUUUUAGCACGAUGCAGCAUGGCAACAUUGCUGCGACAUUGUUUCGAAUGGUUACAACAUUGUUCCAACACUGCAAUGAUGUGUUGCACUAAGAAUCAUCGCUGCGAAUCGUCCCGUGUAACAUCACCUGUAGUUAAAGAAUUUAUUCCAUGAUAACUUGCCUGGACCCUUGCCCAUUGCGAAAGAAAUUUCUUUUUUCUUCUACCAGAAGGGCUUUUUUUUCAAUCCCUGAUAGGGUAUAGGAAUUAAAGGAUUUUACUCUCAGAGUAGUCAAGAGAAUUAGUUAUUGGAAAUUGAUUGAUCAGUGGUACAGCGUAUAAAUAUGUUUCUGGUUCAAUGCUAAGUCGCAGAUAGGAACAUAGGGUGGUGAUUUUGGUGCCUAUCCUAGAAAAAGUACGAGAUAAAUUGCAGUUGUACAUUGUCUGGUAUAAGCCUGCCAAGGGUUCCUUGGAACCAGUGGCAUACGCUAACAGAUAGUUACAUGUAGUCGGAGUACUUACCUUUUAUGAACUCAAGCAUUAAUGAGUCGGUUUGACUGUUAAGGUUGACUUAUGAUGACUGAAGAUAUCCUCUUCUAGUGUCAUCAUUAACACACCUUAUCCUACCCUGGUGCUGUGGAAAAGUUUCUGUGAGUGAGAUAAACUGAAAUAUUAUUAAAAUAUUGUUUUGUUAUUUAGGUACAGUAAUAGGAGCUGUUAUCAUGGAGGGAUUUUAUGUGGUUUUUGAUAGAGAAAAUGUUCAAGUAGGAUUUGCCGCAACAACAUGUGGAGGUAAAUAAAAGAUUUUUUAGUUCUUUCAUGGGCAUGGGAUUUUGUUACUGGCAGUUUUUACGUGUCAUAAAUCCCCUGGCAAGUCUCCCUCACAUAAAAGCCUCUCUCUUUUCAGAAGAUCAACAUUCCUCUUCCUCUACCCCACCCCCACCCCUCCACCUCCUAAUGAUGUUUGUUUAGUAUUUUCUUUUUAACUGCACAGAAGUAUUUUGUGUUUGGGUAAAAUCUCUAAGUAAUGACUUCAGCACAGAGCUGACCUAAAACAGCAGUAUCCUCGUGGCAUUCCCUCUUUAAUCAAGGCCAGCUGUAACUGAAAGUUCACCUUUUUGUGUGGUGCUUUCAACAUUAUGAAGGCAGCACUCUUUCAAGAAAACACUGAUAGUCAUAGCUGUUACAACUCAAUGUCCCAGACUAAAAUUUGCAAUUAUUUGAUUGUUAAGUAAUGUUUACUUUUUUCAUAGCCGAAGGCCGCCUUAACCCGAGUUCUGAAGUUAGUGGACCAUUCAGUAGAGGUAAGGGCAUUCUUUGAUUAUGACCUUUAGCCUGAACAAAAAGCCUUUACAACAACUACGUAAAAAACUUGUGGUUUUUACUUGGUGGGACAAUGACUGUGGAGGCUUGUAUUAUGGUUGAAUGGGUUAAGGGGUAAAUUCUUUUUACAUAGUAAACAGCUUAUUGACCCAUGAGAUCACUAAACUAAUGCGUGCAAGCUGUUCUUAAAGUUUAUAUUAUUUUAUUUUCUUUCAGAUGCAGUGGACUGUGAAUAUAUAGAAACAGAAAGUUCUGACACAGCUCUCCUCACUGUAGCAUACGUCAUGGCUGGAGUGUGUGGACUCUGUCUUUUGCCAAUUUUUGUUCUGUUAGUUCAAGCAAGUUGUAAGAAACGCAAACAGCAACAGCAACAGCAACAGGAAGCUACAAGUGCAACAGACCAACCAUCCGAUAGAACAAACCUCAGAAACGACUUUUAUAAUAAUUAUUGA